AUGUCUUCAUUCGAUGACGAUGAGGCUCUUUUCGAGGACAUUUAUGAUGACGAUGACUCCAAAACUACUGACACCAAGGCAACUGAAGUGAAGCCUGAAGAAGCGGAUGGGAAAAGUGAAGCUCAGUCUUCAAUAGCGCAGACAGAAUCCCCAUCUCUGUCGGCCCCUGUGACUGCAAAGGUCGAGGAAACUAAAGCAGCCGAAUUGCCACCUCCCCCAGUUGCCCAGUCUAGUAAUGCUACUGGUCAAUCAAAUUCUCCUGUCCCAAAUGCGUCUUCUUUUGGUCAAUCUGCGGCAUUACCACCUCCAGAAACUCCACAAUAUCAAGAGAACCAACUGUUUCACCAUCAAUCUCAACAACAACAAUACCAACAAUUUCAACAAGGCCAACAAGGUCAACAACAUCAACAACCUCAGUACCAACAGCAGUAUCAGCAACAGGAUAAUAGUCUGAAGAUGGCACCAUCAAAUUUGGGAAGAGACAGCGGAAAAAUGUUUAUCGGUGGUCUCAACUGGGACACCACUGAAGAAGGGUUGGUCUCGUACUUCUCCAAAUACGGUGAGAUUUUGGAUUACACAAUCAUGAAAGAUGCAAGUACAGGAAGAUCUCGAGGUUUUGGAUUUUUGACUUUCAAGGACCCAAGAGCAGUCGAUGAAGUAAUCAAGAAGGACCACAUUUUGGACGGCAAGUUGAUCGACCCAAAACGUGCUAUUGCAAGAGAAGAGCAGGACAAAGUUGGUAAAAUUUUUGUCGGUGGCAUCGAUCCAUUGGUCAAUGAAAGAGACUUUAACGACUUCUUCUCUCAAUUUGGCCAUAUCAUUGAUGCGCAGCUUAUGAUUGAUAAAGAUACCGGUAGGUCAAGAGGUUUUGGCUUCAUUACUUACGAUUCGCCCGAAGCAGUAGAUAGAGUUUGUGUCAACAAAUAUUUAACUUUAAAAGGCAAAGCCAUGGAAGUUAAGCGUGCUGAACCAAGAGGUCAGCAUCAGCAGAACCAGCAGCAGCAGCAACAACAGCAGCAGCAGCCUCAGUACAACCCUUACGCUAAUCCUUACGGCCAAUAUCAAAUGCAACUUGCUCAGAACAUGCCAAACUUUCAAGGUGCUUCGCCUGAAAUGAUGCAAGAGUAUUGGCAAAGAAUGCAACAAUGGUACAUGUUUCAGCAACAAGCCAAUGCCGGCCAGAACCCUGAUGGUCAACAAACAGAGCAACCAGAGCAGCAACCUUUGAAUCCUCAACAACAGCAGGAGCAACAACAGCAACAACAACAGCAGCAGCAACAACAACAUCAGCAGCAGCAAUCACAUCAGCAGCAAUCGCAGCAACAACCGAAACUGCGCCAGAUUCCUGAAGGACCUAGACAGUACAAUCGGCCCGAAGGUCCGCGCGACGAUUAUCAGCGCGAUCGAUACAAUGAUCGUCAGAAUGGAGAUAAUGAUAAGUCAAACGGCCGUCGUUUGAAUUUGCCUAAGGGUCCCAGAAGGGCACCUUCUGCUCCAUCCGGUGGCAAUGGCGGAGGAGGAAAAAGUAGAGGAGGAUACAGAAACCGUGGAUAUCAUCCAUACAGCAAAGGAGGCAGAAGGUGA